UGCUGUUGUUGUUACUCCCACAACAAUGGAACCUCGCCAACCGCCGUCACCCCCGCCACGCACCAUCCUCGGGAAGUACCAACUCACGCGCUUCUUAGGGCGCGGAAACUUCGCGAAGGUGUACCAGGCUCGUUCCCUGGUCGACGGUGCCACCGUGGCCGUUAAGGUCAUCGACAAAUCCAAAACUGUGGACGCAGCCAUGGAGCCCCGCAUCGUGCGCGAAAUCGAUGCCAUGCGCCGCCUCCACCACCACCCUAAUAUCCUCAAAAUCCACGAGGUCAUGGCCACCAAAACCAAGAUCUACCUCAUCGUCGACUACGCAGGCGGCGGCGAGCUCUUCUCCAAGCUCUCCCGCCGUGGAAGGUUGGCGGAAUCCCUGGCGCGGCGCUACUUCCAACAACUCGUCUCAGCGCUAUGCUUCUGCCAUCGCAACGGCGUGGCACACCGCGACCUCAAGCCGCAGAACCUCCUCCUCGACGCCGAUGGCAACCUCAAGGUCUCCGACUUCGGCCUCUCGGCACUGCCGGAGCAGCUCAAGAACGGCCUCCUCCACACCGCGUGCGGCACGCCGGCGUACACAGCACCGGAGAUCCUUCGCCGCUGCGGCUACGAUGGUUCUAAGGCCGACGCGUGGUCCUGCGGCGUCAUCCUCUACGUGCUCCUAGCCGGUCACCUUCCGUUCGACGACUCGAACAUUCCGGCGAUGUGCAAGAGGAUUUCCCGGCGGGAAUACCAGUUUCCGGCGUGGAUCUCGAAAGCGGCGCGAACCCUAAUUUACCAAUUACUUGACCCGAACCCUAAUAGGCGAAUGAGAUUGGAGAGUGUGGUGGAAAACGCGUGGUUUAAGAAAUCGCUGAGGGAGAAGGCAGAAGAGAGCGUUUUGGAGAGUGAUUUGUAUAAUAAGUGUUGUGACGGUUAUAAAUUGGGAAUGAACGCGUUUGAUAUAAUAUCGAUGUCGUCGGGGUUGGAUUUGAGAGGGUUGUUCGAAACGACGUCAGACAAGGGGAGGAGGAGGGAGAAGAGGUUUACUUCCGAUAAGAAGGUGGAUGUGGUUGAGGCUAAGGUCAAAGAGGUUGGCUUGAGUUUGGGGUUUAGGGUUGAGGUUGGAAAGAAUGGUGUGAUUGGGUUGGGGAAAGGGAAGGUGGCUCUUGUUGUUGAGGUGUUUGAGAUUGUGUCUCACUUGUUGUUGGUGGCUGUUAAAGUCGUUGAUGGUGGGUUGGAGUUUGAGGAGCUUCACUGGGAUCAUUGGAAACUUGGCCUUCAAGAUCUUGUUCUCUCUUGGCAUAAUAAUAAUGAAUCAUCAAUCCUGUGACUCUGCUUUGAUCCCCAAUUUUCAUUUCAUUUUAGGUGUUGUGCUCAUCAUGGAUCAGUUAGUUAUGUUGGUUUGUAAUGUUUAUUUAGGAUACAAUGUGAUGUUCACUUUUUGUACAGAACAAAGUUGAAUCCUGGCUAAUGUUAUCCUUUUGGAAUCAAUAAUUUUCGUCUCCUCUUGUUGUUGAUCUACUCCUUGGCGAAAAGGGUGUUUGAUUAUGCAAAAAACUUUUAUAUCUAAUUACUGUUAGAAUAACUUGUUUAAUAUAAAAAAGCUUAAAACACCCCUUAUGCAAAGAAGGUACAGGGAUGUUUGGGGAGUU